GCUUCAUGUUUCAAUGAGAACAAUAUAGAUAUAGACAAAUCCAGCCAAUAUCUUACUUGACGAUUACAUAUGAAUAUUGUUGUUUUAACUACUUUAGAACAUUUCUUCUGAAAACUAAUAUUUUAAUUUGAUAUGUCAGUUAGAAUAACCAUGUAAAUUAGUCCUUUUCUGUUAAAGGAUUUUCUCAUGAGCUAUCCAUAUAAAAUUAUUCUAGGUAGUUGUCAAUAUUCUACUUCGUUAUGCAAAGUAUGAGUAAACACCUUAAUUAAUUCAAUUGUCGGAAGCAUUGACCCCAAUAGUAGGUAAUACAACUUGAUGAAUAAUCUGUCCAUGACCUUGGUAACUGUCAUUCAGUAAUGCAACAAACAAUUUUGUUUUUUGAUGCAGUAUAAAUGAUCUAAAAAAUAAUUAAAUUUUGUAAACUGUAACAUUUUAUAGUGUUUGAAAUAACUAGUUUUUGCAUGUAAAUCUCAACAGUAUUUUGUAAAAUAUUCACAUAAUGAAAACAAGAACCGUAUUUAAAGAAUUGUAUUCACACUGUCCAACACCUAGGCAGUCAUACAAGCAAUAAAAUAUGAGUUUGUGGAUAAAAUUUAACACUUAUCAUUGUGACAUGCUCAAAGAUACUCUUGAACAUUUCGCAUUCUUUCGGUAAAGUGGUUGUCAAUAAAACAAUUACUCAAUUAAUUUCUGUCUGUACCUUCGUUAAUUUGUCAAUUUUUUUUAUUACUGAGUCUUUGUUUUGUCUUAUACGAAGCCAAACAUAAAAAUUUAGUCUUAGAAUUAGUUAUCAAGUUUUCCGAAGUAUUGCCUGAAUAUGUCUCCUUGAUGUAGUCACUAGAUUGUCAAUCCACACUUCCUCUUCUUACUGUGUAAUAUUGCGUAAUAUUUUCAGCCUUCAACAGAUAAGUAUAGUUCAUAAUUUAGCAUGAAUUGUAUUCACAGAGUACUGCGCUACUGUUUUGAAAGUAUCUUUUCUCGUUCCUAUUACUUACGCAAUCUAUAUUGUAAUAUAAAAAAACUUGAUUUUUCAAGGUAAUCGAACACUGUUGUCAACCGCUUUUUGGUUAAUUAUUUGUAAUCAAAAAAUGCCUCUUUUCCAACGAAAAUUCAAUGUGCCAAAGUUUCCUGCUCGAAAAGCGUCUAGUAUGACAAAUUUAUCACAUCUAGAUUCAACUACGCGCAGUCAAGAGUUCAGCAUGGAUUUUGGACCAAUUAGAACACGUUUAAGUGGGCGGGAUCUUGUAUUCCGUAAUGGACAGUGGAUCAUUGAAGGAGAAAAUGGAGUGUUAAAUGAUGAAUCUGGAAAUGCGACUCAAUUAGGUCGUGAAACAUUUCGUAUUAAAAAAGAAAAUCAUCAAUUAAUUGAAGAAAAUAAUUUGUUAAAGUUGAAAAUUGACAUACUCUUAGAUAUGCUCGCUGAAACUACAGCUGAAGUACACUUACAAGAGAAUGAAAUUGAAAAUCUACGUAAUACAUUGCACAAAAAAACAAAUACAACAAUUCAAGUUGCUUAAUUAUAAACUUUGAUGUUUUUAUUCUUAUUAAAAAUCUUCACAUUAGAAUAAUUAAAUUCGUAUGAAAUUGUUCUUUGUGAUAAUAUUCCAUUAUUAAAUAUAAUUUUGACAUGAACUAAACACUUUUAAAAAUGGAACGCUUUAUCACAAAACUAAAAACAUAUCAUUCUUAGUUUGCAUUUCUUUUAUUUUUCUCUCUCUGUUCUCUAAUUGGUAAUUUAUCUGUGUGAUUUGUGUAAACGUCAGAAAUAAAUUUCAUUUAUAUUAAAACAUAUUCUAUUGAAUUUAAAUUGAAUUUGUUCUACAUUGAUUCCUUAAUUUUCUUGUUAC